AUGUUGAUUGCCUGGGAUCUUCCGGAGUCUGAAAGAAGGGGACCAAUUCCAUCUCUGUUCGAAAUGGUUCAAGCUGCAGCCUCACAUCCUCCAGUGUCUGAGCUCAUGGUGGUCGCCCCGGAUUCUUCAGAUGCUUUGCUGCUUCAGAUGCAGGAAAAGGCCAAGACGUACUACAAUGCUUUGGUCCCAAUGUAUGCCUAUUGCUUGGAAAAUGCAAAGGCUUCCAACACUUGGGGUGAGGACCAGCCCGCAGCAGUUCGACUCCAGGGCAUUGCCAUUGCCCAGCUGAACAGCUUGGCCACGCGUUUUGGCGCACCAAAUCGGGAUUGGUUGUGGUUGGACAACCCAUAUGACAACCCUGUGAUUCUGCAUGAAGUUGAUGCCCCAAGGCGCCGCAGCGAUGGAGAAGACUUGUGGACUGGCGGGCCAGAGAAUUCAAUCCUGAGCGGUUUCUUCUAUGCCGGGAACCUUACGCGUGGCGCAGUGUCAAGCAGCUUAGAAAAAGACAUGGAGAUCACUCGUUACAGAGCUGCGACCUUUCCACACCAGAAAAUGACGGCUCCUAUGGAGAAGCCUCGAAAACAGUCUUGGACUCAAUCGGGCUUCAGCAUCGGCAACUCCCAUUCACCGGUCCGACAUCUUCUUGAAUGUGAUCCUGGCUAUUUCGUUCAUGCGAUAUGGCACCAAGCGACGGUACCAGAUUACGUUAACGACGCUGACGGCCAGGGAAGAAUACCAACCGCGAGGGCAUGGAUGAAAGUCCAGUGCAUCAAGCCGGCUAAUGGAUGCUCCAGCUGGAGCAACUGUGAGGACAUUAUGGUGUUCGAAGAUGUUAGCCACCAUGUGGUGUACAAGUACCUCCAAUGCCCGCAUGCGAAGUAUAUAGCUGGCAUCACUGUUACCGGGAAGGAUCAAGACAGCUGUGGACACAGACUCUUCAUGUUGCGCUGCUGCUCAUUGAAAUGGUGGCCCCGGUGGUCCCAGAGGCUGGGCCCUUUCGAGAUUCUUACAGGAGAGGAUGGAAGGCCGCCUCCCUGCAAGGCUUUUGAGUUUGAAGGUCGCAGCUGCAUUGCCAGCCAUGACUUUGAGCAGCGGCUUGCUCGUCAAUGGCCCAUUCGGGUGGACCGUAUCUCGACCGGAGGGUAUGGCAACCACGCCCAUUGCGACAUCACGGUCAAUAAUCCCGAGCGCAAGGCGCUCCUCACCAUCUUUUUCAAAACAGAAGCCAGAGUUGAUGUGCUGACUGUCAACGGCCAGGACUAUUCUGGAAGCACAGGUCCGGGACAGACCGCCCCUGUGAUCCCGGAAGGAAGUAUCGUGCGGAGGACGGAUGGUAUUUCUCGUGAUAUGGGAUGGUUGAUUUGCCUCUAG